AAGGCUGUAGCCGAAUAUAUUAAAACGGUAUCAAAAACUAUCUUGUUGUACAGCACGCGUUACGUAGAGGGCUGGUGCUGGUAUGCUGUCGACUCCGCAGAUCUGAGUGGAAUCAGGAGAAAUCAGACAGCAGAGAGAUGUGGUGGGUCCUGUGGGUGCUCGCCGCCUUGCUGGCUCUCUUCUGCAGUCUGGAUGUGUGGUACUUCCUCCGGGUAGCUGCUGUGAUUCUCCGGGCUUGGUUCCAGCCUCCAAUCAGGGAUGUCACAGCAGAGCAGAUCCAAACAGGCCGGGUCACUCCCCAUGACAUUGACAUGUGCCACAUGAACAAUGCUCGUUACCUCCGGGAGUGUGACUUUGCCCGCUUCUCUCUCUACAUACGUAAUGGUGUGUUCAAGGCAUUGCGAGCACUCAAAGCUUCAAUGGUAGUGGGGGCCACCACCAUCCGUUACCGCAGGGCUCUGUUUAUAGGUGAGGGGUACGAGCUGAGGAGUCGUAUAGUCACUUGGGAUGACAAAGCCUUUUUCCUGGAGCAGAGAUUUGUGUCAACAAAAGAUGGGUUGGUGUGUGCCGUCAUGUACUGCAAGCAGAGCGUCAUACGCAGCAGCCCAGACAAGAUCAUGCAGCACCUGUGUAAGCGGAAGGUGGAGUGCCCUGAGUUUCCAGAGGACCUUCAGCACUGGGUCAACUUCAUCUCGGCCAGCAGCCAGGCCCUCCGAGCCGAGAGUGGACUAGACGAGAAGAACAAAUAAGACAUUGCAUGGGCAGCUUUAAGACUGGCUUUUUGUAAGACCAUCUCAGGAUUAAAAAGGCAUUGGUUUUCUGUUCACAUUACUUGACUUAAA